AUGACUCCUAAUAUAAGCAACAUUGUUGAUCUUAGUUCGAGUUCAAUGGAUUGGAGAGUUAUUGUAAGAGUAAUGUUGUUGUGGUUUGCUCCGCAUUACGAAAACAAAGAUGAAAUAGUUAGUCUCGACAUGCUGCUCAUGGACUCUAAGGGCGGCAAGAUAGAUGCCACGAUAAAAAAACAACAUAUGAAUAAGUUCAAAGCUCUAUUGAAAGAAGGAAAAACAUACAUGUUAUGCAACUUCAUGCUUGGUCCAAAUAGUGGGAAUACUCGAAUCACUACGCAUCAGUACAAAAUUAUAAGCAUUGGAACAACCACCAUCACAUCAUUCGGUGCUGAACAAUCACCAUCACAUCAUUUGCUCAUAAAAUCACUGGAUAUGCUUCAUCGUGAAGGAGCGUCUACAGUACGACCACCUCUCUUGGAUGGAUCAAACUACUCUUACAGGAAAUCGAAGAUGAAGAUGUUCAUCAAGUCCGUUGAUGAACGAGCUUGGCGUGCUAUCGUGACUGGUUGGACCCCGCCCAUGGCUAAAGGAACGGAUGGUACGCAAACGGUAAAACCAGAAGAAGCAUGGACUAAUGAAGAGAUAUUACUUGCCAAUUACAACUCAAGGGCGAUAAACUCAAUUUUCAAUGGCGUUGGUGACAAUCAGUUCAAACUGAUAGCAUCGUGUGAAUCAGCAAAAAAGGCAUGGGAGAUCCUACAAGUGACGUAUGAAGGCACAUCAACUGUUAAAACAUCUAAGCUGCAGAUGCUAGCCACGAGAUUUGAGAGUCUUCAUAUGGAGGAGGACGAGACGAUAGCUGAUUUCCACGCUAAGCUGUGUGAUAUUUCAAAUGAAUCGUAUGCACUAGGUGAACAAUACUCGGAAACAAAGUUGGUAAGAAAGGCACUACGUUCAUUACCAGAAAGAUUCGCUUACAGAGUUGCAGCAAUCGAAGAAGUGAGAGAUAUCAAUACGCUAAAGCUAGAUGAACUCAUGGGUAAACUGCAAACCCAAGAAAUGAAUUUUAGAGCAAAUAUUCGAGAAAAGAAAAAAGUGAAGAAUGUGGCAUUCCAAGCUGAAGCUUCCCAUGGCAUUUCACAAGGCCAAACAUUUCAUGAGUGUGACAUUGAUGUUGAAGAAUCCUUAGCAAUUAUGUCAAAUAACCUCGAAAGCCUGCGUCAAAAAAUUGAAAAUAGAGAAAAUUCCUCUCAAUCAGGUAAGUCUGUUAACCCUAACAAAUUUCAAAAGUUUUCUAAUAAUGGUUAUUUUGGUGAUGCAAAGUCUAGGAGAAAGCAAUGUCGAGAGUGUGGGGGUUUUGGACAUAUUCAGGCCGAGUGUGCGAACACUUUGAAGAAAAACAAGAUGUCACUCACCACUGUUUGGAGUGAUAAAGAGGACAGUGAUGAGGAUGAGAACAACAAAGGAGAUCAAACCACUAACUUUAUGGCAUUCAGUGGUACUACUUCGAUGAGCAGAACCGAGGGAACUGUUGCAAAGUCUGUCCGACAGAUUUCAGGUGAAUCUGAGAGCAGUAGUGAUGAUGAAGAGCCAACCCUCGAAGAGGUGAAAGAUGUAUAUGAAAAAAUGUACCGGAAGUGGCUUGAAGUAUCUGAGGUAAAUAAGCGCCUUGAAAAGGAUAAGCAUGUUCUCAUAGAGGAAAAUAAAGUGUUGAAGGUAAGAAUUUCUACUCUUGAACAAAAUGUUAUUUCUUCUAGUAGAGAAAUAGAUAGCUUGAAGGCUAAAUUUGCUCAAACCCAAGAUGUUAUUUCUAAGUUUAAUACUGGUAGAGCAACCUUGAAUGAAAUUUUGAACAAAAAUCAGCCGAACUACUAUCGUAUAGGUCUUCACAAGAAUAUAAAAGGAGGAGCUAUAAUGCCAACGUUAUUUGCUGAGUCUUUUAUCACGUGGGUGAUUUACCACGUCGCCCUCCAAGUGUACAAAGCCAAAGAGCCCACGGAACCCGCUCACGUCCAUGGGACCCCGCCCAUCGUAGAACUCCACGACUCUGAGGAAAGGGUAUCUCUUAGCGACCAAAGCCUUUCUUCAGAACGGGCUCCCCGAAGGUAUGCCCAGCCUCGGUCGCUUCAGCAUAGCUCAGCCUCGGACCAGGCUCCUCGAAGAGAAACGCAUGGUCGAUCACCACGACCCCUAAGGCAACGGGCUCCUUCAAGGGAGAGAGCGGCGCGAGGCCGCCGAGAAAGAAAUGGAUCCUCUCGGCCGAGUGUUAUACGCCAUGAGCCUCGAGAAGAUAGACAUCGCGGACGUUCCUUUCGCCGAGGCAACUCCCCACAAGACGAACAUGGGAGUAGGUACUCUCAGGCUGAAGAGACGAGAAGGCACCGCGAAAAUGGUAACAAACGUAACUCGAAAAGCCCACGACGAGAAACUUCAAGAUCAACUGCUCGAUUUGGAACACUCCCCGCCCGAAUAAGCCCCUUUAUUCCGGCCAUUAUGGAGGAAGUUUUACCGCUCGGAUUGAGGAUCCCCAAUCUGCCCCAAUUCGAUGAAACCGGAGAUCCUCAAACUCACCUUAACAAUUUCUUCGCUAAGAUCGACCUUUACGGCCUCAGUGAUGCCGCUUACUGCAAAAUUUUCCAAACUACCUUAACUGAUCAAGCACAAACUUGGUUCAACGGUCUGCCUGGAGGAUCAUUGGAUGGCCUGGGUCAAUUAUCGGAACGUUUCCUUAGCCAGUAUUCCAUCAACAAGCGAUACGCCAAAACCGGAUCAUACCUCUUCAAAGUCAAACAACGCGAAGGAGAACCGUUGAGAGACUAUGUACAACGGUUCGUCAAAGCAGUGCACGAGGUGCCCAAUGUUAACCACGACCUACUAGCCGAUAUACUGCAACAUAACUUGAGGCACGUUCGCUUCCAAGAAUCCAUAGCAGGACGACCCCCACAAACUCUGGAGGAGCUUCUGAACCGAGCUGAGAAGUUCAUCCGGAUAGAAGAGGCUGUAGAGAUGGGACUUCCCGUGAAAAGGAAGCGCGAAGAAGAGCGCCAUGAGGCAAAAAGAAAGGAAGAAGGACGUUCGAUCCACGCCCCUACCUACCCAAAGUUUACUCCCCUAAAAGCAAAACUCAUGGAAGUAUGGAUGGUGGCGGAGCAGAAAGAUCUAGUCCAGCCCCCGAGACAGAUGAAAGAAAAUCCGAAAAGACAAAAAUCGGAAAAAUACUGCGAGUACCAUCAAGAUCGGGGACACACUACCGACGAAUGCUUCCAACUAAAGCAAGAAAUCGAGAGACUAAUUAAAAAAGGGCGCCUGGGAGAAUUCGUGGAUGCGCCACGGCACCAAAAUUUCCAAAAUAAACCCCGCUUCCAGCAGAAAGGAGAACGUCCCAACCCUAGGAAAGAUCAAGAGGAUGACAAUCUUCCGACUCAAGGAAUACUUGCAGUUAUUUCCGGAGGACCCUCGAGCGAGGUUACAUUUAGCGACGACGAUCUCAAAGGACCAAGUGGUGAACACAACGACGCUUUAGUCAUUUCUGCAUCAAUUUCUAAUUAUUUGGUGAAUAAGAUUUUGGUGGACGGUGGUAGCUCGGCUGAUAUUAUAUAUUACGACGCUUUCGAAAAACUAGGGAUUGCCAAUGCGAAACUCGCGCCUGUGAAAACACCCCUAGUAGGUUUUACAGGGCACGCCGUCGAAGCUGUGGGAGAAAUUUCCUUAGUCUUGUCUUUGGGCUCAUUCCCGUGCCGAGCGACAAACACGGUCAACUUCUUAGUCGUCAAGGCACCGUCAACGUAUAACGUCAUUUUGGGGCGGCCAAGUAUGAACCUUUUCAGAGCAAUCCCGUCAACAUAUCAUAUGAAGUUGAAGUUUCCUACGGCUAGCGGAGUCGGAGAAGCCGUAGGCGAUCAACGCAUAGCUCGAGAAUGCUAUGCGAACACUUUGAAGGCACCUCAACUUCGGAACACAAAGCAAGUGGGAGGAGGGGAUGACAUUCCCAAUUAUCUAAAGAGAAAAUGGGUGAUGGCUGUCAAAGACGACUUCAUCACUCCCUCGACAAAUCAAGAUGCCGACGGCACAAGACUCGCAGCAGUAGAAGAACUGAAAAGUGUAGAGUUUAUCCCGGGCGAUCAAGAUAAACUACUCCGAGUAGGAACCAACCUUGAGCCCGAAGCAGAAGCAAGGCUCGUGGAGUUCCUUCGGAGAAACGGUGAUAUUUUUGCAUCGAGAACGGAAGAUCUCGAAGGAAUUCCUCCAUCCAAAAUUGUUCAUCGGCUUGACGUUGACCCGAAACUCAAGCCGGUAAAACAAAAGAAAAGGCCUUUUGGACCGGAACGUAAUAAACACAUCAAAGCGGAGGUCGGUAAACUCCUUGCGGCUGGUCAAAUACGCCCGGUCCAAUAUCCCGAAUGGUUGUCAAAUGUUGUCCUAGUGGCGAAAUCGGGGGGAAAGUGGCGCUUAUGUGUGGAUUUCACUAACCUAAACAAUGCUUGUCCUAAAGAUCCUUUCCCUCUCCCAAGGAUCGAUCAGCUGGUGGAUUCUACCUCAGGAUGUGAGUUGUUAAGCUUUCUAGACGCAUACCAAGGGUACAACCAGAUCCAACUGGCCCCUGAGGACCAAGAGAAAGCGAGUUUCAUUACUGACCAAGGCAUUUAUUGCUACAAGGUAAUGCCAUUCGGCCUAAAAAAUGCGGGAGCAACCUAUCAACGACUAGUGAAUACCAUGUUCGCUGAUCUAAUUGGGCGUAACAUGGAGGUGUAUAUCGAUGAUAUGUUAGUUAAAAGCGCUAAGGCCGAAAACCACUUGAAAGACCUCGAAGAGUGCUUCGCUAUUCUCAGAGAAUACAAAAUGAAACUAAAUCCUUCGAAAUGCUCCUUCGGACUGAAGAGCGGCAAAUUCUUGGGCUAUAUGAUCUCGCAGCGAGGAAUCGAAGCAAACCCGGCCAAGAUUGACGCCCUGAUCAACAUGGCCCAACCUAAAUCCAUAAAAAAUGUCCAACAAUUAAACGGUUGUUUAGCGGCAUUGAAUCGAUUUAUUUCCCGUUCAGCAGACAAAGGACUUCCUUUCUUCAGAGUGCUGCGAGAGGGGAAGAAUUUCAAGUGGACGGAAGAGUGCCAAAAAGCAUUCGAGGAACUGAAGCAAUACCUAGCGUCACCUCCCCUCUUGACCAAACCAAGGGAAGGAGAUGAACUUUUAUUGUACUUAGCAACUACGUCAGAGGCGAUCAGCGCGGUCUUAGUACUCGAAGGUGAAAGAGGGCAUCAACCCAACUACUACGUCAGUCACGCCCUACGUGGAGCCGAACAUAGAUAUUCAAACAUAUAG